AUGUCGGAUGAACUUAACCUGGUUACUAAUACUAUUCACAAUAUGAUCAAGGAUAAUGAUCUACCGUCUAGCGCUAAGGUUCUCGUCAACAAGGCUCCUACUUGCUCCAAAUUCUACAUGUUGCCCAAGAUUCACAAGAAGAAUUCAACUGGUCGCCCUAUUGUUUCUACCUGCAAUUGCCCUACUGUUGUUAUCAGUCAAUUUCUGGGCUCUAUAUUCACGCCGAUUGUUCAAACUUUGCCUACGUAUAUCAAGGACAGCAGUGAAGCCAUCCGUAUUUUCAACCAAUUUUAUUUCACUGGUGAUCACAAGUAUGUAUUUACUAUGGACGUUCGCUCUUUAUACACAUCUAUACCUAUUGACGACGGUUUAAAUGCUCUUAAACAUUUCUUAGAGAAAGAUAAUCCAUCUAACUGUUCUACAUCUUGCCUCAUCCGACUUGCCGAGUUAGUUCUUAGGACUGCAUCUUUUUCAUUUAAUGGCAACUAUUACCGACAAAUCUCUGGCGUUAGUAUGGGAACUCGCAUGGGGCCUAGUUUUGCUUGCUUGUUCAUGGGCUAUUUAGAAGAACAGAUAUUUGCUCGAUACUCUGGAGCUACACCUCAUCUUUUUAAAAGGUAUAUCGACGAUGUUGUUGGCACUACCUCGUGCUCACUUGAUGAACUGAAUGAUUUUAUUGAUUAUGUUUCGAACUUUCAUCCAGCCAUCAAGUUUACCUAUGCAAUCUCGUCCACACAUGUUACUUUUCUCGACAUUGAACUCUCUAUUUCUGAUAUUCGCCUCUCGACCAGUGUGUUCUACAAAUCUACCGAUGCACAUACGUUCCUGAAUUAUAAAUCCUCUCAACCACCAUCGUGUUAG